AGCGCCCGAUAUAGCCAUGGCGUGGCGGCAGGUAGCAGUGGUUGGCUGUGCCAUGCUGCUGGUGGCCGGCAUCUGCCUCGUAUCACUCGAUCAUGCCGGUGAAACUUCAGAGAUGCUCGAGAACCGAAGUGGGGGGGCGUCGCAGCAUGGUAAGGUGGUGAAGGACAGGAUGAAAGCACUUCAGGCCAAAUCUGGGAAAGGGGUAAAGAAGUUUUCGCUGAAGGGGAAGCAGCAGCUUGAGGAGGUAGAGAAACAGCAAGUCAUGUUGUGCGCAAAGAAAAUAACAGGCGACGACACGCCAAGAAAGCUCCCUCCUGACGUGAGAGACAAAGUGCUCGAGUGCGCCAAGAACUACAUGCCGCCAGUCAAUACCAAGCAUCUCUUGGAAGAGGCAGCGAAGAAAGUGAUGUCUGCGGCUAAGACACCUGAGGAGCAGAAGGAUGCAAAGGACUUGUUGGCUAAGGGAGAUAAUGACAAGGAGGCUCAACCGACGACGGCAGAGACUAAGGCUGAGACGAAGCAAACGGUGCUGCACAAGGGGAAGGGAACGCCAGCUGAGGCAAGCAAAGCUUCUGGCAAGAACUAAAGAAACGCGCGAAAGUAUGAAUUUUUUUGUGUAGCCCCAGUCCUUGAAAUAACGUUGGAAUUCGCUGGUAGCGUCGAAAGACGGUCUGUCUCCUGUAGCCCCUGCCUGGAAGACCUGCAGAGUAACUAUCAA